UAUUGCGCCUGCGUAGGAGCUCUAUCCAAGAUGGCGUCCAUACUUGGUGGUGUUUUUCGUGCUUCGAGGAUCGUUGGAACAGUCUGUUCGCGAUACUCACCACAAACAUUCCAGUAUGGAAAAAAACCGUCAAUCUUAUCACUGAUCCCCAAAAGAUGCUUGGCUUCAGAUUCAGAAGUCGCUGUGAAAGAAGAUAAACAAGUGGUGCAGUUGUCUGAGUUUGGUGAAUAUGUGGCAAACGUACUGCCAAAGUUUGUCCAGUCAGCACAGGUAACCCACACCAAGGAACUAGAGAUAUUGAUAUCACCUGAAGGCAUUAUACCAGUCCUGACAUUCCUUAGAGACCAUACUAAUGCACAGUUCAAGUCUAUAGCUGAUCAGACAGCAAUAGAUGUACCCAAAAGACCAUACAGAUUUGAGUUAUGGGACAUGUAUGGAGUAUUUUUUUCCAACCAUCCUGACUUGAGACGAAUCCUUACUGACUAUGGUUUUGAAGGACAUCCAUUUAGAAAGGACUUCCCUCUUACUGGCUAUGUUGAGGUGCGGUACGAUGACGAAUUGAAGCGUCUGGUCUGUGAGCCGAUAGAAUUAGCACAGGAAUUCCGAAAGUUUGAUAUUUCGCCGACGUGGGAACAGUUUCCAACAUACAGAAAACAGGAAUCCCAACCAGAAAUACCUGCUGGUGAUACAGCAGAAAAGAAAUAACAAUUGUGUUUUUAUUUGACCUGUUUAUGUACAAAGUUAUGAAAUGUUUAUUGUGUCUUUGGAAUUAAAAAUAAAAACUGUUCA